UCAACAAUUCCUUAGUCUAAUCAACAAUCCCAUUCCCACCUAUAAAAGCACCACCUCCAAGUCCCUAAUCCUUCACAAUACUCACAAAAAAUUCUCACAAAUCUACAAAGCGUAGCCUUUCAUUCCCUUUGAUUCUUUGAAGAAGCUCUCUCUCUUUCUCAAGAUGCAGAUCUUUGUUAAGACUCUGACCGGCAAGACCAUCACCCUCGAGGUCGAAAGCUCAGACACUAUUGAUAAUGUCAAAGCUAAGAUCCAAGACAAGGAGGGUAUCCCACCAGAUCAGCAGAGGUUGAUCUUUGCUGGUAAGCAACUCGAAGAUGGUCGCACUUUGGCAGACUAUAACAUCCAAAAGGAGUCCACACUUCACUUGGUGCUCCGCCUCCGUGGUGGUAUGCAAAUCUUUGUUAAAACCCUUACUGGGAAGACCAUAACUUUGGAAGUUGAAAGCUCAGACACCAUAGAUAAUGUUAAAGCUAAGAUCCAAGACAAGGAGGGUAUCCCACCAGACCAGCAGAGGUUGAUCUUUGCUGGCAAGCAGCUCGAAGAUGGUCGCACCCUUGCGGACUACAACAUCCAAAAGGAAUCCACCCUCCACCUGGUGCUCCGGCUCCGAGGUGGAAUGCAAAUUUUUGUCAAGACCUUGACUGGAAAAACCAUUACUUUGGAAGUUGAGAGCUCUGACACCAUUGAUAACGUCAAAGCCAAAAUUCAAGACAAGGAGGGUAUCCCACCGGACCAGCAGAGGUUGAUCUUUGCCGGUAAACAACUCGAAGAUGGUCGCACACUUGCCGACUACAACAUCCAAAAGGAAUCCACCCUCCACCUGGUGCUCCGGCUCCGAGGUGGAAUGCAAAUUUUUGUGAAGACCUUGACUGGCAAAACCAUUACUUUGGAAGUUGAGAGCUCUGACACCAUUGAUAACGUCAAAGCCAAAAUUCAAGACAAGGAGGGUAUCCCACCAGACCAGCAGAGGUUGAUCUUUGCCGGCAAACAACUCGAAGAUGGUCGCACGCUUGCCGACUACAACAUACAAAAGGAAUCCACCCUUCACCUGGUGCUCCGGCUUCGAGGUGGAAUGCAAAUUUUUGUGAAGACCUUGACCGGUAAAACCAUUACUUUGGAAGUUGAGAGCUCUGACACCAUCGAUAAUGUCAAAGCCAAAAUUCAAGACAAGGAGGGAAUCCCACCAGACCAGCAGAGGUUGAUCUUUGCCGGCAAGCAGCUUGAAGAUGGUCGGACCCUAGCCGACUACAACAUCCAAAAGGAAUCCACCCUCCACCUGGUGCUCCGGCUUAGAGGUGGAAUGCAAAUUUUUGUUAAGACUUUGACUGGCAAAACAAUUACUUUGGAGGUUGAGAGUUCAGAUACUAUCGAUAAUGUUAAAGCUAAGAUCCAAGAUAAGGAGGGUAUCCCACCGGACCAACAGAGGCUGAUUUUUGCUGGCAAGCAGUUGGAAGAUGGAAGGACCUUAGCUGAUUACAAUAUUCAAAAGGAGUCAACCCUGCACUUGGUGCUGCGUUUGCGUGGUGGAAUGCAGAUAUUUGUGAAGACUUUGACCGGAAAAACCAUAACCCUGGAGGUUGAAAGCUCAGACACUAUUGACAAUGUUAAGGCUAAGAUACAAGACAAGGAAGGUAUCCCACCAGACCAACAAAGGCUUAUCUUUGCAGGAAAGCAACUUGAAGAUGGAAGGACUCUUGCAGAUUACAAUAUCCAGAAGGAGUCUACCCUUCAUCUGGUGCUGCGCCUUCGUGGUGGAAUGCAGAUUUUCGUUAAGACCUUGACAGGGAAGACCAUUACUUUGGAGGUUGAGAGUUCUGAUACAAUUGAUAAUGUGAAAGCAAAGAUUCAGGACAAGGAGGGAAUUCCCCCAGACCAGCAGAGGCUUAUUUUUGCAGGCAAACAGCUUGAAGAUGGAAGGACUCUGGCUGAUUACAAUAUCCAAAAGGAGUCUACUCUGCACCUUGUCCUUCGCCUCCGUGGUGGUUUCUAAGCUUGGAUGGUUGUGAUUCUGUGUUCGAGUCCAUUGCCUUGAGUAUUUCUAUGUUGGUGCUUUUUGGUUUUUGUCUAUCUGUUACCAGUUUACUUGCCAUUGUAUAAUGGCUCCUAAUAUGUUCUAAACUUGCUUUAAUUUAGUGUUGUUUGGUUAUGGUCGUGGCAUCUUAAACUCGUUGAAUGGCCUUAUAUUGGUCAUUUUAUUAAGUAAUUUGAAUAAAGUUUCUUCUUUCGUGUA